CUCCUGGUUCCUUCAGCUCAUCAGCAAAGAUUUGUCAGAUUUUUCCUCUGUGUAAGGAGAUUGUUGUCCCCUUACUAAAACUCAGUGGGGGUGUUCUGUUGGGCUAGCUCCCAGUACCAAACGAAAGGGGAAGGGUCGAUGGGAAAUCAGGUCCCUGAGACUGACAGUCCCCAGGAACAAUGGGGAGAGGCCCAUGCUUCUGGUCAGCCUGACUGACAGGGCGGGCAGGCUAAUCAGGGAUUCAGGAGGCCAGGGGGUCCCGUCCUCCGUGUGAGCUGGACUUGCCUGGGUCAGACAAGAGUGGGGCCGAGCUCAGCAGAAAGGAUGGGGCUAAGCUGAGCUGGGGAGCAGAGCCAGGCCAGCCAGAGGGGCCAGAAAAGCAGCCCAAGAAGCAGGGCCUGCAGUAUACCUGGACCAGACAGUGCACGAUUAUGGGCAACUCUGGAAGUACCGUGGGUUCCUCACUUCUGCGGGGACUCCCAUCCGAAAUGGGCCUUAUGUUAAUGCACUUCUUAAUGCUCUUUUACUCCCUUCUGAGAUAGCCAUUAUAAAAUGUGCUGCCCAUCAAAUUCCUUGUGAUGAGGUCACACGAAAAAAUGCCCUGGCUGACAGAUCAGCCAAGCAAGCGGCCCUUUCCGGGUCUCUGGCUGCAUUUUCUGCUAUUUGUUUUAUAGCCCUAGCUAACUGCAACCUAGGCCUUACCCCCAUCGAAUCAUCUUCUCCUGACAUGCCCCCAACCCUCAUACGAGACUUGGCGGACAUGCAGGAGUCGGCAGAGGAAGGGGAAAAGAACUACUGAAAAGCAAUGGGUUGUGAAAAAUCUCCCAACAACAUAUGGCGCACUCCGGAUGGUCGCCCGGUAGCGCCUGGAGGCUUGCUCCCUUAUUUGGCCCGCCUGGCCCACGGGCUAACCCAUGUAGGGAGCAGGGGAAUGGUACAAUCAAUCGAACGUCAUUGGGUGCCCCACAUUUUGCAGCAGUGGCACAACAGUAUUGUGGCACCUGCUCGGUGUGCCUUGCUCAUAAUGUCGGAAAGCCUGUGAAACCCAAGCCUGCAGCCCAUCCCUCCCCAUGGGGCCCUUUUGUAAAUAUACAAAUUGACUUUAUCAGCAUGCCUAAAUGCUGCUUGUUCAAAUAUGUAUUGGUGUGUGUCUGUAGAUUCUCAGGGUGGGUUGAGGCUUACCCCGUGUUAAAGCCGACUCCCUCACGGUGGCAAAGAAACUGCUACAUGAAUUCAUUCCCCGGUUUGGACUGCCCCUUUCUAUCAACAGCGAUCAGGGUACUCAUUUCACAGACCAAGUCGUGCAGCAAAUCUGCAAGGCACUAAAAAUCACUCAGCACUUUCACUGCGCUCACCACCCCCAAAGUGCUGGGGCAGUGGAACGGGUAAACGGGGUGCUGAAAAACAAAAUUGCUAAAAUGUGUUCAGAAACCAACCUUAAGUAGCCAGUCGCCCUACCCCUGGCCCUAAUGGAAAUGAGGAGCACCCCUGCUCGCAAGCAUGGUCUUUCCCCCCAUAAAAUUGUAAUGGGCAGGCCAAUAAGAAUACCAGUGGCCCCUCCUAUAACACCCAGUUGCCUAGAUACACAGCUGACAAAUGAGAGGGUCCUGAUAUAUUGUAAAAAACUCAUGCAAUGUAUUAAGUGUUUACACAAACAGGUUCAGUGUGCCUUCCCUGCUCCAGUGGACUCCUCCUGUCAUGACUUGCAACCAGGAGAGUGGGUAUAUAUCAAAAAAUAUCAAGGAAAGAAUUGCUUGGAACCUCGCUGGAAAUCCGCGUUCCAGAUAUUGCUAACCACCCACACCGCUGUCAAGUGCCACAAUCUGUCCAACUGGAUCCACGCCUCCCAGUGCAAGUGAGUCACAACCCCAGUUGACACCAGAAUCUCACCUCCACUCUGGGAAGCUGCGAAGGAGGCCCAAGACCUCUCCUAAAAACCCUCGCUAUUCAUUAAGAGGAAGAAAAGGAAAGGCCAAAAUAAAGCCUUCCAAAAAUCCUGUGGCGAGCCAAGCGCCCGCAGGUACAACCGUGUAACUAUGACAGAAUUAAGGAGUCUGCUCAAGUACGGAAAUGGCUCAUGCCUUCCAUCUUGUUUAUGUGCGUGACUAUGCUAUUGCUGCUAAUUCUAAACUUUCAUGAUUCGCUUAUUUUCUUUUGGACUUCCGGGUUGACUCCUGCUCCAGCCUCAACCCUCAAACCGGCACCCUCUACAUCCCAGCCCCAAGCUUCCCAGAGAACCCGAGUCACCCGAUCCCUGGAUGCCCUGAAGGAAAAGAGGCUGGUUACAACAGAGGACAUUAAAAACUUGCCAUGGAACCAAUGAAGAAAUAUUAUUACCUGGCAGGGAGGGACAUGUGGUAUGACUUCCUGGAAAUGUGGGACUCAGUAUUACCUAGGAUUUCUCCCAGGGGAAGCCCCUUGCCGCUACCCCCAGGUUCCUUCCUGAUGCACUGCACUCUCCAACUGGGUAGACGAGUCAGUUACCAGUCAGACUGUCACCCCUUCCCCUCUAAGCCCCGUGGGCACUCCCCAAGCUAGAUCCCAAGAUACUUUUGUAAAUGCUUCCAACUGGCCUAGGCCAGAAGGUCCCUUUUUACUUGGGAAAUUUUGUUCCGGCCUGUUUUCAACAGGACCUGAUGGCCAUCUGUAUGGCCACACUAUCAAGUGGCGUAAAAACAAAACCGUCAUCAAGGCAUCCUUUCCCUUUUCCCUUACCGACACCAACUUUGAGGCUCUGGAGGAAAACUCCCAUGCAGGGAUUGACAUAUUAGCAACAGCUGGCACCUGCGAACUGUCUUUUGGUAUGGGAACUUCCAUGCAAUGUUUUGUAAUCAGUUACCUACUUUUUGGUAGUCCUACCACUUAUUUUGGUUGUCACCCUAAGUUUACUUUCACCUGCAGGAGGGGGACCCCCUCUCAACAUGACUGUCUCCUAGCCCAUCGCUACAAUCCCCAUUCCCCAACUUCUCCCCCUCAUAUCCUUCCCACCUCCCAUACACACCUGUCUAAUCGUGGCCUGAGAAAAAUUCAGGUCUCGGAUUACCAAAUGUGGUACAGCCCACUCUACCAACAAAAUUCCCGUUACCAACGGUGGAUGGUGUUAAAUGCAACUAUGGGAACCAUCACCGUCUCAUUUCCCAUUUUCGCCUUCCAAAUAACUACCCUAUACCCCAAUUGUACCCAAGGAGUGGCCAUUCGAUUAGUCCAGCUUGUGCAGUGGGAAAAUUUUUGGAGAAAAAGAGGCUUGCUGGAAGGGGCCUUGCAUGGUCUAACUGGAGCAGCCACUAUCUGAACUAUAGACAAAGCCCAGGACCAUGAGCAAAGCCUGGGGAAUUUGGAAAGGGCAUCAGGCCUCCUCACGGGGGCAGGGUUAACCAGCACCCACUCAAAUAUAACCCCCCCCCCCAUGCCCUGUCAGGACUGGGAACCACAACCCAAACCCUCAUAACAAAAUUAAUAAACACCCUCGUUUUAAUAGGGAAAGACAUCGGAUGGGAUUCAGCUUGCAGCCAAAUGCAGGAUUUCUUUAAUGGUCUCUUAGCAGAAAUGCGGAGCGAUGUCCUCAGUCAGCGAUGGCCCAAGGCCCUUAACUACUACAGGAGUGCCUCCCGAGCUAUGGAAAUGGAGGCAUACAUGGGCAUUGCCAGGAUGGACCUGCGACUCCUCAAAAUGCUCUUUCCAGGCUUUGGGGCCUGUCAAUGGCACAUGGGCCCCAGUGCACUUAUUUUUGCCAGGACCCUGGGCGGGCUAUCUAUGGGACUGGGUCAUCAGCCAGCAGGUAUGGGAAGUCAAGCCACCCCACGGACCUAGCCGUUUUAUCACCACUCCCCAUGGUUUUGCUGCUCAACACGUCUGGGUAGGAAUUGGAACCUUGUGGUCCUUAUGGCCCUUGGAACCCCCACAAUUAUUUUGUCUCCGUAAAUUACACCCUGGGGAAGUACUGAACACCUUUGAUACAGUUUGUUGGGAAGGAGAAGCAGUAGGUAAGGCCCCAAGAGGAGAACCCCUGUUUGGGAAAAACGAUAGUUGCGCCCUGCCAUCCAAUCCCCACACCCCUCUUCCUUUUCACCUUAAUUUGACCACUGCUCAAGGUAGCCGCUUUAUCACAUGGCCUGCUAAUCCCCAAAUCUCUGUAUCCCUCCACCCAGCCAUCCCUCUUACCUUCGAUUGGACUUCCCUCAUCCCAAACCACUUCUUAAAUUUAACUUUUCUAUUUUCCCUCCUCUCCAACCUAUCUCACCUCCAAGACCAAGUACAUGUAAUUGAGGUUGAAUACAACAAAGAGGCCAAAGCAUUUCAGGCCGCUUAUAGGGUAGGGACCGUAUGCUCUUCCCACAACGUUUUGUGUUUUGCCUCUAAGGAAAUCACCCAAGCCACGCCCAGUCUCUUCACUUCCUCAGUCUUAAAAAUACUAGCUGGUAUAAUACUGGCAAUUUGUUGUUUAUUAAUUGCCUCCCUCUGCUGUCUUUGCAAGGUAUGUCGUUUACCCCCUCAGACCCAGAAAUAAGUCACCUUAGUGUCAAGUCUGUCAGUGCUCCCAGUUUCGUGUCCGCUAAUCCCCUCUUAUCACCAACUAAGUCUGGGUACUGCACUAUGGCCCCUUUAGCAAAUUAUAAUAAUGAUGCCUACAUGGCAUCAGAGAAGGGAAAUUGUGGGGGAAUAGGCCUGGCUGGCCUCCCUUGCACCAAUCAGAACAUCGGCGAAGACUCGUCAUAUAGGCCCGCCCUGCAGGCCACAAGCCUAAAGUAGGCUAAGUGACACAGCCUCCUGACAAACUCGGUCAAGGGUCAUGACCGGGGGUGGGGGGCAAGGAGGGAAAGUAUAAAAAGCCACAGCAGCAGCACUAAUGAAAUAUGUUCAUGGCUGAUAAAAUAUAAUAACUGCUUGUGUGAAGCAAUAGGUAACUUUAGCUAAAUGCAAACUGACUAAAUGCAGCUUCUCCUUUGGGUGAUCUGUGACACCCCUUCCUCCGCCCCGUGAUUCCAGCUAACUGCCAAACUAGCCAAUCAUAUAUCUUCUUUGGGCAUCCUGUGAUAAACCCCUAUGCCUUUAACCAUAAAACCCCAGAAAAACAAUAUGUACCCUGACGAGAAAAACACUCCCACUGGUGCCAAGUACCACCCAUGGCGGAAACCACCGAGAAACCCCUCACCCAAUAGGCCCCCAAUUCUCGUAAACAAUGACGGAGCUACCGGGAAAAAGGGACAGACCCCUACUCUUAUUUUCACAUAAAUGAUGUAUUAUUUGUACUAUGCUUGCGGUUUGAUGGAAUAAAGCAGCCUGCGAGCUGCUGCUAGGUGUAGCAGUUUUCGGACUGUUACCCCCAACGCGUUGGUGUGUAUUGCA